GACUAAAUGACGAACCGACGGCGGAGUAAGGCGCCUCGGGUGGGGUCGGGUCUCCAUCGGAUCCUGGUUGGAUCACCUGAUUCGAACUUGACCCGUGCAAGCGAGUUUCGGGGAUAUCUAGAAUUGUUUUCCAUUUACGAGAUUCUAAGCAAAAGCAUAACGUAUUAAGAGAUACAAAGGAAAGGAUGGAGUCAAAGAGACACCCUAGUGUCUCCUCUUGGUUAUAUAUACACAGCUCAUCGCUACAAUCAUCAUCUGUCUCCACAAGACCCAACCGAGGAGCGGCAAGGAUGUCGGAUUGGGAUGACGGCAAGCACGACAAAGUGAAAAAGGUGAAGAUCACGUACACUUCCUACGCCAUCAACACGAUACAGGUCGAUUACUGCGACAAUGGGGACACCGUUCAUGGUGAGGCUCACGGUCCCAAAGUCGGAACAGAAUCUGCUGAGAUUGAGUUGCACGAGGACGAGUACCUCACGGGAGUGAGUAUCUACGAAUACGAAACCUUUAUAGAUGCAUUAACGUUCAACAGCAACCAAAGAAGUUUUGGACCUUAUGGAAACCCUGCUUCAAGUUCUCCCAGAGUGAUAAUAUCGCCGGAAGGCAACCACAUCGUACGGUUCUAUGGCAAGAGCGGCAAUUAUCUCGAAAGUCUUAAAGUCCACUUCAGACCCAUAAACUCGUCCGGAAUCGUGAAGUUGGAUGCACAAGGACGUAAGGAAGGCCAAAGAUGGGACGACGGAGAGAAUCACGAUGGCGUCAAGAAUAUUGUGGUCGGAGUUGGUCACAAGGGUGUCCACUACGUCAAGUUCGACUACGACAAGAGCGGACUACUCCAUGAUGCACCCUUCCAUGGGGUUCGAGACCAAACAUUCUCACUACCACCGUUCGAAAUCGACCAUCCGGACGAGUAUCUUAUCUCGGUCGUAGGUUAUCAUGAUGGUGUUACCGUCCAUGGCCUUCAAUUCAAAACCAACAAAAGAGAAUCUCGAGCCUUUGGGUAUAGCGAGGGGAACAAGUUUACGCUCGUGGUCAAGGACAAGAAGAUAGUCGGCUUCUAUGGAUAUGCUGGCAUUACUCUCAACUCUCUCGAAGCUUACUUCGUACCCAUUGUCUCCUCGUCAACCAAUAAAUCGGAAACCCAAGGUGGCAAAGGAGGCAAACAAUGGGACGACGGAGCGGAUCACGACGGGGUUACAAAGAUAGUAGCCGGAGUUGGUCGGAAAGGCGUUCACUACGUUAAAUUUGAAUACGACAAGAACGGACAACUCGAAGACGGGCCAAUCAGAGGGCUCGCAACUGGAACAUUGUCACAACCGUACAUAUUUGACAUCAACCAUCCGAAUGAGUAUCUCAUUUCCGUCUUUGGUUACUAUGAGGGUGACAACGUUAUCGGUCUACGUUUUCGGACGAACGAAAGGGAAUCUCAAGUAAUCGGAUAUAGCGACGAGGGUACUAAUUUCAUACUCGAGGGCAAGAACAAGAAGAUUGCCGGGUUCCAUGGAUUUGCCGAUACGACCCUCAAUUCUCUUGGAGCUUACUUUGUGCCCAUCCCGUCAUUAUUGCCACCUUCCACUGAUAAACUGGAAGCUCAAGGCGGUAAAGGAGGGGAAGAAUGGGACGACUUAGCAGAUCACGACGGCAUAAGAAAUGUGACCGUCGGGGUCGGUUGGAAAGGCGUUCACUACAUCAAGUUUGGUUACGACAAGAGUGGACAGCUCAAAGAUGGACCAAUACACGGACUUACGAAUGGAACACUCUCCCCGCCACCCACUUUUGAGAUCGACCAUCCUAAUGAAUAUCUCGUAUCGUUCGUGGGUUACUACGACGAUAACAUCAUCCAAGGCCUUCGAUUCAAAACCAACAAGAGGGAAUCUCAGGUGUUUGGUUAUGGAAAGGGUACCAAGUUUACACUCGAGGUCAAGGACAAGAAGAAGAUUGUCGGCUUCCAUGGAUACGCUGAAACUUACCUCAAUUCCCUCGGGGCUUACUUUACACUGUCUUUUAUUUUGAUUUCUUAUUAUUUGUAUACAAAUCUAAACACGGAGGAGGAUAAGGAAGGCGAAGGUGAUGAAGAUGAAGUUAAUGCUAUCUUGCACAUAAGAUUCACUGCGGUAAAAAAAAUGUCCUGGGACGACGGAAAACACACGAAGGUGAAGAAAGUGCAGAUUACGUAUGGUGACGUCAUCAACUCCGUCGAGUUCGAAUACGACGACAACGGCAACGCUCUCAAGUCACAGCGACAUGGCAAUGUCGGAAAUCAAUCAGAUGGGUUCACGCUGAAACCCGACGAGUACAUAACGGACGUCACUGGUUACUACACGACCAGACCGAACGGGCAAGAAGUUAUAACGGCGUUAACGUUUACGACCAACAAAGGAACAUAUGGUUCUUACGGAAAGAAAACCAGAAACUACUUCUCCGUCAACUCUCCCAAGGACAAUCAGAUCGUCGGUUUCAAUGGAAGCAGCAGCGAUGUCCUUCACUCCAUCGACGUUCACUUUGGCCCCAUAGUCGCCGCCGGAACCGGAUCCGGAACGGGACCGGGAGCCGGUGGAGCGGAAAAAGUGGAAGCACAAGGAGGAAAAGGAGGCAAUGGAUGGGAUGACGGAGCGAAUCACGACGGUGUGAGGAAGAUUGUGGUCGGAGCUGGUCGGAAAGGCAUUCACUACGUCAAGUUCGGUUACGACAAGAGCGGACAGCUCGAAGAUGCGCCACUCCACGGAUCUGCAACUGGAGCAUCUUCUCCAACACAGUUUGAAAUCGACCAUCCCGACGAGUAUAUUAUAUCGGUCGUGGGCCACCAUGACGGUGGCAUCAUUCAGGGACUUCAAUUCAAAACCAACAAGAAGGAUUCUCAGGUCUUUGGUUAUGCCGACGGUACUAAGUUCACGCUCGAGGUCAAAGACAAGAAGAUUGUCGGUUUCCAUGGAUUCGCUGACACGACUCUCAAUUCUCUUGGAGCGUACUUUAGACCCAUUUCCUCCUCCUCGUCGUCUUCAAUUGAUAAAGUGGAAGCCCAAGGAGGUAAAGGAGGCAAUGAAUGGGAUGAUGGGUCAAAUCACGACGGCGUGAAAAAGAUUGUCGUUGGAGUUGGGAGGAAAGGCGUCCACUACGUCAAAUUCGAUUACAACAAGAGCGGACAGCUCGAGGCUGCACCCCUCCAUGGCUCUACUAAUGGAGCUUCUUCCCCAUCUUUUGCAUUUGAGAUUGACCAUCCCGACGAGUACAUCCUGUCGGUUGUGGGUUACUACAAUGUUGAAAACAUUCAGGGUCUACAAUUCAAAACCAACAAGAAGGAAUCUCAGGUUUUUGGAUACGACGACGGUACUAAGUUCACGCUCGAGGUCAACAACAAGAAGAUUGUCGGGUUCCAUGGAUUUGCCGAUAGAACUCUCAAUUCUCUUGGUGCUCAUUUUGCACCUGCGGGUAGCACCACUUCUUCUGCAGUGAAUAAAUUGGAAGCCCAAGGCGGUAAAGGCGAAACUGUUUUCGAUGAUGGAGCUUUCGACGGUGUGAGAAAAGUGUACGUGGGACAAGGUGAUUCCGGUGUGGCUUAUGUCAAGUUCGAGUACGACAAAGGUGGCAACUUGGAAUCACGUGAUCAUGGGACGAUGACAAUGCUUGGUACUGAAGAGUUCGAGCUCGAGCAGGGUGAAUACAUCACAUCGGUGGAGGGCUACUAUGACAAAAUCUUAGACUAUCAAACUGAAGUUAUCUCGGCUCUUAUUUUCAAGACGUCCAAGGGGAGAACUUCCAAACAGUUUGGAAUGGCGUCGAGUACGAAAUUCGAACUGGACGGCAAAGGCGGCAAGCUGGUGGGGUUCCACGGCAGCGUUGGAGGAGAAGUUCUCCAUUCUCUUGGAGCUUAUUUUGCUCCAUCGCCCACUCCACUGACUCCCGCCAAAAAGUGAGACUAUAGCUAAAAUCCAUGUCUUUCCUUGAAAGUGUGUGGUCUGCUUUGAUUAUUUUUAACUUUAUGUUGUUGUGUUCUGUCUUUUAAUGAUGAAACGUUUUGAUAUGAAUGAAGGAAUAUCGAAUAAUAUCUAUGAACAUGAUUUCCGAUA